AAACCAUCCCACGUGACACGACUCGACCCUUUGCACUCCAGGCAGGACGAUGAUCGUCUCAAUACUGCGGACAGAGAGAGGUAGCGGCAAAUUACAGAUAAAAAGACGCACUAAACCAGUGCCUCAUUUGCUCACAACCCGCUGAAACGUCAUCAUGAGGCGCAAUGAGCUCCUCCACGUGAGGAGAACGGCCCUGGUGCGUUCAGCUCUGCAGAGGAAGCGGCAUUAAUGGUUCCAUCAUCUCUGCUGAGUUGUUCUUGUUAAACCUCGCUUUUGCUGCAGAAGAGUGCAGCUCUGCUCACCGUGGGAACGUCCAUUAGCAGACCUCGCAACAUCAUCCAAAAGGGAGCGGAACCAAAUCCUCCACCGGUCACCAACACCCUCUGACAGUACUAUUAUCCCGUUACCAUCCCGCAACACAUUUUACGCCGUCGCCAUCAUCACUCGUCGGCGCGUUUGACAUCACCCGAGGAGACCAUGAGCAGCAACUACAGCGUCCUGCUCCUGGGCCCGGCCCCUUGGGGCUUCAGGCUGCAGGGAGGCAAGGACUUCAACAUGCCCCUCACCAUCUCCAGGCUGACAGAUGGUGGAAAGGCGGCUAAAGGGGGCAUGGGUAUCGGAGACGUGGUUCUGUCUAUUGACGGCAUCGCCACGGAGGGCAUGAACCACCUGGAGGCCCAGAACAAGAUCAAGAGCUGCACCGGAAACCUCAGCCUCAACCUAAAGAAGGCCUCCAGUGCUCCUAAACCUCCUCCUGUGGCACCAAAGGAUGACCGAUCAGACAUCAUAAAGCCAGUGGCGCUCACCCCUCCCCCUUCAGCAGCCUGUCCCCCACCUCACGCACCUUGCCCCGCCAAAGCCCCCAGACCUCACGGGGGCUGUGCCUCAGAGAGCCAAUACCCUCCCUUCAUCCCAUCCCCAUCCUCUGCCUUCACUGCCGCUCCCUGCAACAGCAGUCCUCUUCCUCCCCCCCCGCCUCCUGUCUGUUACCCAUCGUCUUCCUCCUCCUCCUCCACCACCUCCUCCCCCCCCCCGGUCCUCCUCGCGCCCCAGCCAUCAGUGUAUAACACCCCCAUCAGCCUGUACUCCGCGGAGAACGCAUGUGAGGUGGCCCUGGGGCAGAUGAGGGGCCUGUUGGAGAGUCAGGGAGGAGCCUUGCCCCUGCAGUUUAAUGGAGUUCCCAGGAAACACAUUGUGGACACGGACAUCAAUUUUUACCACGUGCCCACCCACGCUGAUGCCAGCAGGAAGCGCAUCACGGAGGACACGGAGGACUGGCGUCCACGCGGCGGGACAACCCAGUCCAGAUCUUUCCGGAUCCUGGCUCAGAUCACCGGUACCGAGCGUGCCCAAGAUGAGGAAGCUGACGAAGCCAAGAAGACAAAAGAGGAACCAGAGGAACCAGAACUCAACAGCCACCAGUCUGCCGUUGUCAAGACCAUGAUCAAAGGACCAGUUGCAAUCCAGGGUCACGGCCCACGGACUGGUUUGAUUACCCCAUCUUUUGGUAUGAAGGGUAAUGGAAGUGCCAUUAUCCCGAGAUGUCCCGUCCCAUCCAGACCAUUACCUCAGCCCCACCCAAAAGACGAGGACACCCUGGUCCAGAUGGCAGAACACAUCCCUGCUGGGACUCGGACGCCCAUGUGUGGCCACUGCAACAUGGUGAUCAGAGGACCCUUUCUAGUAGCAAUGGGGAAAUCAUGGCACAAGGAGGAAUUUAACUGUGCCCACUGCCGCAUAUCCCUGGCAGACACCGGCUUUGUGGAAGAACAAGGAUCCGUCUACUGUGAACACUGCUAUGAAGACUUCUUGGCCCCGACGUGCAGCCGCUGCCAGUCCAAAGUACUGGGGGAGGUGAUAAACGCCCUCAAACAGACGUGGCACGUCCACUGCUUCCUCUGCGCUUGCUGUCAGCAGCCAAUCAGAAACAACACCUUCCACCUGGAGGAUGGAGAACCGUACUGUGAACAAGACUUCUACAGUCUGUUUGGGACCAGCUGCCGUGGCUGUGAGUUCCCCAUCGAGGCUGGAGACAAGUUCCUGGAGGCCCUCGGCUACACCUGGCACGACACCUGCUUCGUCUGCACUUUGUGCUGCACGACGCUCGAGGGCCAGACCUUCUUCUCCAAGAAAGAUAAACCUCUUUGCAAGAAACAUGCUCACACACUGAAGAUAUGAUCUCGGACUUUUAUCCCAACUUUCUAGCCGUACGUAGCCCCCCAGCGGGGUGGGAACGCCUCUCUAUUGAUCUUGCAACAAUAAGACAACAAUAGCAGCAAUAUAAUAAUAGAGCAAUAAUCCUACAAGCACAGAGGUCAGAAUAAUGAAAUAUUUGCAUUUAUGCAAGAGUAAACUUUUUUAAGUAAAUAAUCUGGGUUUUCACCACAUUUCCCCCCAAAUAGAUUUUAAUUUGUGUGUUAUUGAUUCAUGCAUUCAAUAAUAGAAACCUUUUACUGCCAAAUGGGGGAAUAAAUCUAAGAUUUUGUGAUUUUACUUAAUCCUAGUCUUGAUUUCUUAAUCCACUUCCCUCUGUAGUUUUUCAGAGAAACAGUAGUGAGAUCAUCAGAUUUAUAAUUCAGCAUACAAAGACACUCCAAGUGACUUCCUAAAUCACAAUGUUUGAAUGUAGACAAAUGUGUAAGAAAUUAUACUUUUGUAUUCGUACAUAUACUAAAAAAACUUUAAGAAAUUAAGCAAUGAUUUGCUGAGCGGAUGUUUAUUUGUAAUACUUUUAAUGUUUGUGUAGCUUUAAUUAAUUAACAAUCUGAUCGACAACUAUUAAAACAAGAAAAUAUCAGCCUUUUAAUUCCCUGAGUCAAAUGCUUGCUGUUUUUUUAGAGUUGAGCUGGAUGUUUGGGUUGAUGGUAAAACCUUUUACUUGUGAUCAGUGCUUGGAAUUAUUAUGGUUUUCUGUUUUUUUUAAUGAAUUAUCUUUUCUUUUUGUGUGUUAAACUUGGAAUAUGAUAUUUUUUUCAAGUUUCAAAAUAAUGAAGUGACAUUUAAUCAUAUACAACAUUGAGGCACAAAGUGUUCUGUAUUGCUUUUUCUACUUCCUUACUCACUAUCUUGAAAUUACAUAGUAAUUGCAGAAAUAUGUGUUAAAUACAGAGUGCCAUAGUUCAAUGACUCGUAUGCAUAUUUUAUUUAUUGGUUUUAGUUUAUCAGAAAUGGUGUUCUUUAAUGGUCUUUUCUGCCCUUCGUCUGCUUCAUGAGUGUGAGUAGCUCUUUCUGCCCUGUUCCACAGGAAAAGGAGGUAACGUGUAAUCCUUGUCUUGUAAUCUGUGUAUUUUAUUUUGGUAAUAGAAAUGGAAACGUCUUAACUGACCAUAUAUAUUUACCUGCUUGAGUAACCAGGCUUUUCAUUUUUGGGGAAUGAGUGUGGUUCCCCGUUUUAAGUAUGAACAUGUUGACUCAGGGGAACACUUCUGUGUCUUUUGUGUUUAGUUUUCAAACAACAAUCUGAUUUGUUUUAUUAAUAAAUACUAGUUUGAACCCC